AUGAGCGUUUUGUCCGACGCGGCAUGGCAUGAACAUGAAACAACAGUGGCUGCAGCAGCCGCUGGUGCAGGAAAGCCGUCACCUUUCAUUCCCUAUACACCUGGAAUCCGAGAGCUGGGUCCCGAAAUCUGGCUUGAGCUCAUUCUAUGGUGUUGUGUGGAACAUGGGUUCUGCAGAACGGGCACGCUGCUGGUGCAUCAAAUGACUCGGUUUAGUGAAUGGAAGGCUGAGAGUUGGGCGCCUCUAAUAAAUGACCUUGAUACAGUACAACAAACUAAUGUCAGUAUCGAGCAAUCUUGGCGUCGACCAGGCCAAACCGUGAAACCUCCAACACUCAAGGGUCAGGACAAAGCACCAUUCAAUGGACUUGGAUACCGCACUAUCAGCUCUGAGGUGGUUGCAUCGCUACGGAGUGGCUUGGCGAACAAAGCUUAUGUGGGAAUGGGAGAUCGUGGAUACCUUCCUGAGGAUCUCACCAAUUUAUCAGCCCCUCUGACUAAACUUAUUGACCCUCCCGUGUCCAGCCGUCAGGAGCUUCGGCCAACAAACAAGUUCACCAAUUGGCACAUUGCACGGAUAUUGGCCUCGGGCUGUUUGAAGCCAUCCUCUGAUCCUGUUUCCUUCGAGCAUCUCCUAAGGUCCCAGAACAAUGUUGUUCCUCCGUGGGAAGGGAAUGAGUUAAGCCUGGCACAAGUGUUGAAUGGGAAAACGCGGGCCCAAUUCUAUGAUGAAUCGGCAGCUAUGACUGGCCUGAUUGAAUUUAAUCUCAAUUAUUAUGCUCGGGACAAGCAAAGUGGACGCCUUUUCCACGAGUAUGCUUGGCUCCAAAAUAUUGCCGAUGCAAGCAAGGCUCAGCACAUCCAAAAGUUCUUUGAACGGAUAAGCCAAGCCAGCGAUGAAGAAGCUUCUUUUUUGUUUGAUUUCAAAUCUUUCGAGCCUCAAGAUAUCUCUCAAUCGUCCAUCCCGCAGCUAUCAUGCGCCACUUUUGCCAAUCUCCUUGAUGUGGCGACAACCACCCACGCGUUUGAUUUUGGCCAACAACUACUCCUGGACAAUGACAUCGAUGGCCCUGCCAUCCCUCAAAGCGCAUAUCGAAAUCAGGCCUUAGCGCCAUCUAUUCUUCGAUUUGCAGCUGCCACUGGUAAUGUCGAGCUCGGCGAGCGUGUCAUCGGGUCGCUCGCGAUCCCUCUUUCAGUGAACACCAUUAAAUCUUUGGUCAACUUCAGUAUCGCACGCAAAGAUUGGAAGCGUGUGGUGCUGAUGCUUAACUUCCUGACCGAGCAUCGGGCUAAAUCCUGGGGCUACAUCAAUAUCGGCGUACUGGCAAGUGCAGUAAUUCGACUCGAUGCCACCGUUAGACAUAAGACAGCUGCUGGCACCUUGACCCAGGUAGAUACAGAAGACCUGAACCAGGCCACAGACAUCUUGCUCCGCCUUUUCCGCGGCGAGUGGCAUGCUAAUAGUACUCGUGAGAAAGUCAGGAACUUCCAGCUUCGAACACUCUCUCGUAUGCACCGCGUACUCUCUGUCAUCCCAGGCCCUCUACCGGACAUCCUCAAGCAAGUGGAGGCACCUAGGGAAAUCACCGGACGCCACAAGGCCACUUUGAUCCCCCCAACCACCUUCCACGAGAUCUUCGCUGCUGUCGUGGAGACGCAGGGUGCCGUCGCUGGCAAGCAGCUCUGGGACAAAGUCUGUGUCGACUGGGUAUCUCCGAAGCGUCAGCUCCAAUCUCCAGGCGGUGUUGCCCGGCUGCUGUUCAGCGACGAACGGGCCAAUUCACACGGUUCCCCAGGAUGGGACGCAGAUUACAUCAAUCAUGUCCGAAGCAAAGCCACGAUAGCAGACCUCAACACCGUCCGCAUCCUCGCACGAAGUGCCGUCCGAGAAUAUGCAGAAAGCGUCAAAGAAACCACGGACGGACGGCUCCGUGGCCGCAAUCCCAGUCCCAAAACACCCCAACCCAAGACCACCGAUUCUCUCAAGACCGCCUCUUCUCCCUCUUCUCCCUCUUCUUCCUCCUUCGUCUACGACUCCACUGUCCCAUAUUCACCCUCCAUCUCCCGUAAGGAAUACCCUUACCAACUAAAGUCCGGCAAGAUGCCACAAACAGAGCUCGAGUCCAUUCUUGACUUCUGUCUGGAGACGUUCCUCAAAUUCGGACUCCCGGAAGACCAAGUCGACAUCGAGAUUCCCGGCCACAUGCGCCGCAUGCAGCUUAGAAAGGUAUUUUCUUCGCCCACGCGCAGGCCAGUUAGGAUGCGGAUCAAGUACAACAGGUCCGAUCCUUUCAUGCGAUCUCACUGGCCAAAGGAAUUGGCAGAGUCUUUGCCGAAGCCGGAGCUGGCACCGGAGCCAGAGCCGAAGUGGCCUUGUGAUAAUCACAAGAUCUAG